UCCAUAUUCUGUAAGCCAUUGCUUAUAUUUUUGAUGCAAUAAGACAAUGAACUUGGAAUGUGAGAUACAGACAGUCAAGGAGGCAGGAAAAGUUUGGUAAAACCUUGAAGAGGGAUUGAUCCAAAAUCUGGAUCUGAAAUUUCUCAAGCAAUAAAUGUAAUGGCUGAAGAAGAGGCUUAAUGUUAUUAUAACAUAGAGAGAGAGAGAGACAGAGACAGACAGACAGACAGACAGACAGAGGGACAUGGGUUUUCUUGGCCUGUGGAACCGAAGGCUGGGCAGGAUGGUGUUAUGUGGCUCUGUGUUGUGUUCUUGUUGCUCCUGACAACAACCCUCCUGAUCUCCUCCUCUUUUUCUUUGCACACAGCCUUUCCUCGCAGCCGCUGCUUCGUCUUUUUCCACCCUUUUUAGCUCAAAUCAGCCCCCUCCUCCCCUGCCCGCCCCCUGUAAGCCCAGGCCUCUGCCAAAGGAGGAAAUAUGGGGAAGGAAAAGACCCACAUCAAUAUUGUGGUCAUUGGACAUGUAGACUCUGGCAAGUCCACCACCACCGGCCAUCUCAUCUACAAAUGCGGGGGCAUCGACAAGCGGACCAUCGAGAAAUUCGAGAAGGAAGCCGCAGAGAUGGGAAAGGGUUCCUUCAAGUAUGCCUGGGUGCUGGACAAAUUGAAAGCCGAACGCGAGCGAGGAAUCACCAUUGACAUUUCCCUCUGGAAGUUUGAGACCACCAAGUAUUACAUCACCAUCAUUGACGCUCCAGGCCAUAGAGAUUUCAUCAAGAACAUGAUCACGGGGACUUCACAG